AUGCUGGGAUUGCUGACCUUUUUGGACUUUCAUGGUGAUCUUGGAGAUGGGCAGGAAGAAUGUCAAAUCAUAGAUGCUUUCUUCUGGAAAGGGGUUCUACAGAAAGUCAACAUUUCAAGACCCCAGGAAGAAAGGAAGAAAGAUCUGUUGGACUGGACUACACUCAGGAACACACAAACCUUGCUACCCAGAAGAGAGGCAAAAGGACCAGAGGAAAAGAAGAAACCAAGAAGAAGAAUGGAAUUGAUGAAUGAUGAGAUUCAUCAACAUGGGAGUGAGAUGAUUCCCAUCCCCACACCAGGAGAGGAAUACACAUCUUCUAAGACUUUAGCCUACCCAUACAAAUUCUUUUCCACUUCAGAAAGCUAG